AUGGAAAGGGGAAACAACCUCAAAGCUAAGCUCAAACCCUUGCAUCCUUCCAAGAUCUUGAACCAAAAUAAGGAGGCAAAAUGCCUCCAGUCCUGAUCGCUGGAGAUGCUGCUACCCAGAUUGCGGGCCAUGGAGGAGCAGGAUGACAAGUUCACCAACAUCCUGGAUGCAGUGGGAGAGUUCAGCGCGUUCCAGCAGAGGCUGGUGGCCCUCACCUUCAUCCCCAUUGUCCUGUCAGCCUUCUUCUUCAUGUUUGCUGAUGUCUUCGUGUUCACAGCCCAGAAGCCCUAUUGCAACACCAGCUGGAUCCUGGCUGUGGGCCCCAACUUGUCUGUGGCCUUGCAGCUGAAUCUCACCCUGCCUAGGGAUCCCAACAGCAGUUUCCUGACGUGCCUCAUGUACUUGCCUGUGGACUGGGAUCUGGAUCAUAUCAUCCAGUUUGGCCUCAACUAUGCAAACUUGUGCCAAGACAGGUGGAUCUACCCUGAGACCAAGAAGCAGUGACUGGUCAGUGAGAUGGGUCCUUUUGACCUGGUGUGUGGCAAGGAACUGAAUACAGAAGCUGUGCAGACCAUGUUCAUGGUGGGCCUCCUGAUAGGGUCCCUUAUCUUCGGGUUCCUAAGUGACAAGCUGGGCCGCCACCCCACCAUCUUCCUGUCUCUGCUAGGCCUGACCAUCUUCGGCUUUGGGACAGCCUUUGUCAGCAGCUUCCACCAUAGCUUCCACUUCAGUGUGUCCCAGGCAGUGGUGGGCUACAUCAUCAUCAGCCUGUCUCUAGCCACCAAGUGGCUGGUGGGCAUGCAGCGGGCCUGUGCCAUCAUCCUGGAGCACCGCUGCUUCGCUGUGGGGACCAUGUUCCUGAGAGGGCUGACCUACAGCCUCCCACACUGGCAGCGGCUGUUUCUGGUGGGCAGGGCCCUCGUGUUCCCUCUCACCUCCUACGUCUGGCAUGUGAGUCGCCCCAUGCCGGAGCAGGAUGGCCGCAGCAGAGGUGGGGGAGCUCUGGGGCACCUGGAAUGGUGGAUAAGAAAGGGGCGGACCAUGCAGGAUCCUUCUGGAGUCCUGAGGUGGCUGAUGAUGAAAGGGAAGGUGGAGGAGGCCAAGCAAGUGCUGUGCUCUACAGCUGGCAUGAACAAAAAGGCAAUCCCUUCAAGCUGCUGGACAAGCUUGAGAAGAAUGCUGACAGCAAAACUGAACCCUCUGAACCCUGCCAGGGGAAGGCCAGACCUUGUGUUGCAUCUGCCUGGAAAGAAGGGGACUAAGGCCUCCGUUCUGGACUUCUAUAACAACAGGCAUCUCCACAAGGUGACCUUGGUGAUGGGCUGCGUGUGAUGAGUGUCCUGGACUGGCCAAAGGGACUGCAAACCAGGACUCUGAUGAGGAGCUGGGCGGCCAGGCUGCAGGGGGAGCAAGGUCGAGGGACAUCCAGAGACACGCCCUUGUGCGGAGAGAGGGGCCUUCCCUGCCCCUUUCCAGUCUGUCAGAUCUGAGCUAAAUAUGAGCAGGUGCAGCAAAAAAGGUCCUCCAGUGGCUACCAUGGGCCCUGCUCCUCCUCCGUAGCCUCUUGUGGGGAAAUGCCUGUUACAGGUACCGUCACUAGGAGAAAGUCCCCUGCCUGCUGAACAUUGAGUGACCCUGGACUAAACUCCUAGGAACAGUGUUCGCAUGGGGUGGUGCCCUACACCCUGUGGGCUCAGAACUUGAGGAGGAAGUGGGCAAGGUGGGGAGCUGGCAAUAUUUUCAAGAUUUUAAAGAGCCCUAAGACAAUGAAUGUGUCCCACGUCACAGGGCUGGACAGUGGCAGGGCUGAGUAAGUGGGCAUUAAGAUGUUGGUGUUCACAUAACCAGAAGGGCUAACGCCCAGCAUCCCCCCCACUGCUGGGGUUGGCAGGGGGUCCUGCAGUCAGGGCCUGCCUCCAGUGGAUCUCUCCCUCUCUCUGGGGGUAAGAAAUGUGUGUGUCUUGACUGGGACCCUUCUUCUUCCAGAUGUUGGCAGUGUUGACUGGUGAAAACAGAAUGGGGAAACAAACCCAUUAUUAAAUUUCUAUUGCUUGAGUUGUAGCACUCCAAAAUCUCAUGACUAUAGACUAUCUAUGUUAAAAGAACAUAUGGGAUGUGAACAGAUCCCAGAAAUGGGCUGCUUUA